AUGGCCGGUCAGCGCAAGCUCCUGAGCGAGAUCGACCGCACGCUCAAGAAGGUGAGCGAAGGCGUGGACGUGUUCAAUGAGAUCUGGGACAAGGUGUACGCGGCCACGGCGCAGAACCAGAAGGAGAAGCACGAAGCGGAUUUGAAGAAGGAGAUCAAGAAGCUCCAGCGCUUCCGGGACCAGAUCAAGACGUGGAUCGGCAAUUCCGACGUGAAGGACAAGCGGCCGCUCAUGGAGACGCGGAAGCUCAUUGAGCAGAAGAUGGAGGAGUUCAAAGUGUGUGAGAAAGAGACCAAGACCAAGGCGUACAGCAAGGAAGGGCUGGCUCAAGUCGAGCGCUUGGACCCUGAGCAGCAAGCGCGACAGGAGUCGCAUGCGUGGAUUCAGGACUGUCUCACGCAGUUUAACGUGCAGAUCGAAGCGCUCGAGAGCGACAUCGAGCGGCUCCGUUUGGUCAAAGGACGCAAUCGGAACAAAGCCGAGAUUGACGAGAAAGAGAAGCUCUUGUCGCGGCACAAGUGGCACAUUCUCAAGCUCGAGCAGAUCAAUCGACUGCUGGACAAUGCAGCGCUUGAGCCAGAGCAAGUGGAUGAACUCAAGGAAGACGUCGAGUAUUUUCUAGAAGCUAAUCAAGAGCCAGACUUUAUGGACACGUACGUGGACGAGGAUAUCUAUGAGACAUUGGAUCUUGAUACGUUGGGUGCAGCUGCUCAAGUGGCACUGCCGACAGAGCAGGAUGUCGGUAUUGAUGAUGCAAAUGGAGCAACGGCGGCGGUGGCAACAGCUGCGCCGGUCGCAGCAGCAGCUAGUACGACCUCGACGGGGCGGGGUAAGACGCCACGCAAGAGUGCGUCAUCGUCGCUGAUUACUGGCAUUGGCCGUGCGGGGGCAGUGAAGCCGAUUGAUCUCAAGACGUCGACGCCGAUUCGAUCGAGCAGCACGAGUAAAAGUGACACGUCGCCAUUGAACAGCCUUAAGAUUGAGACGAACAAAGGACGCUCGACCCCGCUGCAUGCUAAAAGCGGAUCGUCGUCGUCCGAAAAAGGGUCGAGCAAAGCGCCGACUCCGAUACCGUCUUCUCCUGGUGUUGGAGAGCAGCGCACACCGGUCCACAAGGUGUCACCGCCCACACCGCAGCGCACACCGUCUCCUAGUGUCAGCAAGGGACAGCUCAUGGGAGGUCGCUUGUCGUCCUCUGCUUCACCGGCUGUGACUAAACCUCCAACAGGUCCGGCACCGUCACCUGCGCCAUCCAGCUCCUCACUGUUGCCGCCUCCAGUACCUGCACCGUCACCCGCCGCGUCGACCGCUGCAGGGGUGACUAAUAUAGCACCUUCACCAGUGUCUGGAUUUGCUGAAGCCUCAUCUACCGCAUCAGUAACAGCAGUAGUGAACGCUCGGCCCAUGGUGGAAUCGCCUCAACUGACGGAAGAACAGCGACAGGUUUUGCGGCUGAUCGAUGAAAGCUUUCACUUCAUUCCCGAGAGCCGCGACUCUGAAAAGGCCAACCGCUACGUUCCGCGUAACUUGUACCCGACGCCGGGAUCGUUCCCCGCAACGCCGUCCACGCUGUUUUCGAGUGCUGCCAUUUUCGAGAAGCUGGACGUGGACACGCUUUUCUUCAUCUUUUACUACCAGCAAGGUUCCUAUCAGCAGUACCUGGCCGCUCGUGAGUUGAAGCGACGGACAUGGGGGUACCACAAGAAGUACAAGACAUGGUUUAAGCGUCACGAGGAGCCGCAAUUGACAGGCGAGGACUACGAGCAAGGCACGUUUGUGUACUUCGACUACGAGACUGGUUGGUGCCAACGCAUUAAGACAGAGUUCACGUUUGAGUACAGUUUCCUCGAAGACGAGCUGCAGUGA